UAUUUCCUGUUAAGGACUGUGCUUAAUCAAUUUGAUGCAUGAUGUCUGAACCUGGUUCACAGUUCUACUUUAUCAUUGUUAAUUUGGGGGCAAUAUGAUUGACUUCUGUCCUCUUGAUAGAAUCCCUUAAGUGCAUGCUUGUGUGUGGCUCUGAUCUACUCCACUCUUUUGGCAUUCCUGGAAUUUGGAUUGCUGAGCAGGUCAGAGGCAUAUGCAGAGAUUAUGGGCUGGUUUGCAUUCGCAGGGAAGGACAAGAUGUUGAUAAAAUUAUCUCAAAUGAUGAAAUUUUGAAAGAGAACAGGGGUAACAUAAGAAUCGUGGAUGAACUUGUACCGAACCAAAUAAGUUCAACGAGAAUAAGGGAUUGCAUUUCAAGAGGAUUGUCAAUAAAAUAUCUGACUGCAGAUGAAGUAAUUGAUUACAUUAGAGAACAUCAGCUGUACUUGAACUCAAAUGACAUGUGAUGAAGAUGAUCAUCAACAGAAAGAUCUUCCUCAUUUUCUUCCAUCUCAAAUACUUCAAAAUAAGUUGAUCAUCAUUCAUCCUAAGCUCAUUAAGAAAAUAAUCUCAAAACCGUUUUUUAGCAAAUGCAUAAUUUGGUAUGUGUAAUAGAUCAAAGAAACUAACUUAGUUUAUACUCAAAUACAUAAUAGAAUCUAUAGAUACAGAUACAGAUCUUCUCUAACAUGUGCUAAGACUGUAGAUGACCUUUUCUUUGCUAAGGUUGCCGAGCCAUCAGCGGUAGUUGAUGGGCUUAAAAAGGUAGAAUUCAACGAUGUGGUGUUGAAUGUUGAAGAUGUGAUAACACAAUUUGGAUGUGCAUGGCUCAUGAGCAUGUGAAUCUGACAACUGAAGCUGAUAGUUGAAGUCAAAGCUUCACAUGGGCUUUUUUGUCUUACCAUUUUGUACACUCUGAAAUUUACUCCGACAGAGACCAAUAGGGGUGGCUCAACCUUUGGCUCAAUUUUCUUAGGGUAGUGCUUAGGCUAUAAUAUGAGUAGAAAUUAUGUGUGCAGGAUGUUCGUCCUUUUUUAAAAGACAAAUUGUAUUUGAUGCUGUUGAUGUGUAUCGAUAAGACGUCAAUAUAUUUUAUUCUUGA